UUUUUGCUCCCUUCCGGUUUGUUCGCGCUCAGGAGCGUUGUGUCAGGAUCGAGGUGACGGGACCGAGAAGAUCCGAGAGGAGGGCCUGUCCCCACAACACAGGGGCAGGUCUGAGGCUCGGCGACGCCGCCAGGGGUAUCCCGCGCCAAGCCCGGGAGAGUGACCGCCGUGCCCACGUUUCGCCUCCUCUCCCGCAGCUCCCGGCCCCGCUCUAUCCACCGAGUCCGAUGGCGGCGGCGGCGCUGAGGGACCCGCCUGAGGGUGGUGUGACCUUUGAGGACAUUGCCCUGUACUUCUCCUGGGAGGAAUGGAAGCUCCUUGAUGAGGCUCAGAGACGCCUGUACCAUGAUGUGAUGCUGGAGAACUUUGCACUUAUAUCUUCACUGGGUUUCUGGAGUGGAGAAGAGAAUGUUGAGGCAUCCUUUGAACAGAGUGUUUCUGUGGUAAGGUCACAGGUCAGGACUUCCAAGGAACCUUCAUCUUCCCAGAAGACUCACCCCUGUGAGAUGUGUGGUCCAGUCUUGAGAGACAUUUUCCAUUUGACUGAGCAGCAGGGAACACAACACAGCCAGAAACUAUUCAAGUGUAGGGCAUGUGCAGAAGGAUUUUAUUUCAGUGCAGACACUCAGCAGCACCAGGAGCAACACAUGCAAGAAAAACCAUUCAUAAUCGAUGUGGACAGGGCCUCAUUUGUGAAGAGCAGCAAUUUCCAUGUGUCAGGGGAGCCUUUUACCUGCAAGAAAGUUGCAGAGGACUUCCUAGCCACCUCAGAACAUCUGAAUCAACAGGCCAUUCACACUGGGGAAAAGCCAAACACAGUCACCCACUGCAUGGAAACUUUACAAAGCAGAAAAAGUCAUUGCACCAGGGGAGAAUGCAAGAAAGCCUUCUGCCCCAAACACACACUUGUUCAGGCCCAGAGUGUCUACACUGAAAGACAGUGUUUUAUGUGCAGUGAAUGUGGGAAAAUAUUCAAGUAUAAAUCCUCAUUUGUUGUGCACCAGAGAGUUCACACUGGUGACAGGCUUUAUGACUGUGGCGACUGUGGAAAAUCUUUUAGGGGAAGCUCAGCCCUCAUUCAACAUCGAAGAAUUCAUACUGGGGCAAGGCAGUACAAGUGCAGCAAAUGUGGGAAAUUCUUUAGCCAAGAAUUUGUCCUCAUUUAUCCUCAGAGGAGUCACACUGGAGAAAAUUGCCACAUUUGCCAUCAGUGUGCACAAUCUUUUAGCCAUAGCUCCAUCUUUUUUCAACAACAGACAGUUCACACUGGAGAAAUGAGUUAUGAGUGCACUGAAUGUAGGAAGUCCUUUAGACGAAAAUCUGACCUCAUUGAACACUGGAGGGUUCACACAGGAGAAAGGCCUUAUGAGUGCAGUGAAUGUGGGAAAUCCUUUACUUCUAGCUCCGCCCUCCGUUAUCAUCAGAGAGUUCACACUGGAGAAAAGCCUUAUAAAUGUGGGGAAUGUGGGAAGUCUUUUACCUCUAGCUCUGGCCUACGUUAUCAUCAGAGAAUUCACACAGGAGAAAGGCCAUAUGAGUGUACUGAUUGUGGAAAGUCUUUUACCCAAAUAAAUCACCUCAUUAUACACCGAAGAGUUCACACAGGAGAAAGGCCUUAUGAGUGCAGUGAAUGUGGGAAAUCCUUUAGCCACAAAUCUUACCUGUCUCAACACCAGAGAGUUCACACUGGAGAAAGGCCUUAUGAAUGUAGUGAAUGUGGGAAAUCUUUUACCUCUGGUUCCGCCCUCUGUUAUCAUCAGAGAGUUCACACAGGAGAAAAACCUUAUGAGUGCAGUGAAUGUGGGAAAUCCUUUACCAAUGGACCGAUACUCAUUCGACACCGUAGAGUUCACACGGGAGAAAGGCCUUAUGAGUGCAGUGAAUGUGGGAAAUCCUUUACCCAAAGAAAUCAUCUCAACAUACACCAGAGAGUUCACACAGGAGAAAGACCUUAUGAGUGCAGUGAAUGUGGAAAAUCUUUUACCUCUGGUUCCGCCCUUCGUUAUCAUCAGAAAAUUCACAUUGGAGAAAGGCCUUAUGAGUGCAGCGAAUGUGAGAAAUCUUUUACCUCUAGCUCUGCCCUCCGUUGUCAUCAGAGAGUUCACACAGGAGAAAGGCCUUUUGACUGCAGUGAAUGUGGUAAAUCUUUUAGGGACAGUUCCCAAUUGAAUCAACACCAGAGAGUUCACACUGGAGAAAAGCCUUAUGAAUGUAGUGAUUGUGGGAGAUCCUUUAGCCAGAAUUCAUACCUCUCUAAACACCGGAGAGUUCACACUGGAGAAAGGCCUUAUGAGUGCAGUGAAUGUGAGAAAUCUUUUACUUCUGUCUCUGCCCUUGGCUAUCAUCAGAGAGUUCACACUGGAGAAAGGCCUUAUAAGUGCAGUGACUGUGGGAAAUCUUUUACCAAUAGCUCAAUACUGAUUCGCCAUCGGAGAGUUCACACAGGAGAAAGGCCUCAUGCAUGUAGUGACUGUGGGAAGUCCUUUACCCAAAGAAUUCACCUGAUUAUUCACCGGAGAGUUCACACAGGAGAAAGGCCUUAUGAGUGCAGUGAAUGUGGGAAAUCUUUUACCUCUCGUUCCACCCUUCAUUAUCAUCAGAGAGUUCACACAGGAGAGAAGCCUUAUGACUGCAGUGAAUGUGGGAAGUCUUUUAGCCGAAAAUCUAACCUCUCUCAGCACCAGCGAGUUCACACUGGAGAAAGGCCUUAAAUGUGUAAGAAAUGUAUAAUUUCCUUGUUCAGUGUAAUGACAUUGGACAAAACUGUGAGGCACUAGUUGCCCCAUGCAUCCAAACAUCAGGAGUAGAGAGAUUCCUCAUAAUUUUCAGUUAUGUGGGAAGCAUGUGUGACUGUGUUGCACUCUCUAACCUACCCAGGGCUCUUGAUAGAUUUAUGUCACUGCCACUUUCUGUAGCCAGAUCCAUUUCACCUCUAUAACCUGGCACAUCCCCACAGUGUGCAUCAGUCACUACUGCAGUGUGCUCAGGGAAGCCAACUCCGUUCUCUCAUUUGUGGGAGGAAAUUAGGAAUAGCCUGAACCUUUAGGAUGUCCUCAUUCCCUUUCUGACCAGCUUGGGCAUGGGCCUGACCUACUAUUGGCCCAGAGAACAUCAUAUGAGUUCAUCUGGCAGCUUGCAGAGAAGGAUUACCAUUUUCAGGGACACGUUGGUCUCAAGAUACUUGUGAUGAAUUUUUCUAGCUUCCAAGUCACCAGCUAAAGAACUGCCAGCCAUUGCUGGCAGAUCUGCCAGAACAUUGCUUUGGUUUGAACAGUAACAAAGACCUUACUGUUUAAGUUCUCUUUAAUCUUAGACAUUCUAUUUACCAAGUAGGGUAGGUUAUAAACAGAUUUGGGCUCUACAAGCAUGAAGGGGUGAGCAACUUUUAUGGGGGUAUCAAACAUUCUAUGCCUCAGAGGAGACAUUACAGAGGCAGAAAUUAACUUACUAGUUUUUGCCAAAUUUGCAUUUCUGCCCGUGGCCUCCUAGGAAAGACUGCAGGACUUUCUUGUCUUCAUUUGAGGCCUGGAUGCUAUGAGUUUUAGGAGACUCAGAGGGCACCCUGAGGAGGGGUCAAGUGUGACAACCUCAACUGCUUCUGGGAGCAGCAUGAAUUUUUUCCCUUGUUCACAGGGGACGUCAGCAAUGCUGAGGGAACUCUCUUCCCCAGGUCCUACAAAGAGCCAGGCAGAUUUAAAAAAAGAGAAAAGGAGAAUCUGUAGUCCA